AUGCUCUCAACGGCGGUUUCUCGGCCGAUUUUCAAGGUGGAAUGUAAAAGGCAGUUCAAAGUGACGGCGGAGAAAUUUCCGGCGUUUCUACCGAGCGAUGUUGAGAGAAUCAAAGACAAGUUUGCUCUGAAGCUCGCCGCAAGAAUCGAGAGGCUUCCCGUACAAGUAAGUUUCACGGAAGAUAGAAUUAUGAGCAGUUGUGUGACACCGCUGAUGAGGAACGAGACAAGUCCCGUGGUGCUUCUUCACGGAUUUGAUAGUUCUUGUUUAGAGUGGAGAUACACUUAUCCAUUGCUCGAAGAAGCCGGUUUAGAAACUUGGGCAUUUGAUAUCCUUGGUUGGGGGUUCUCUGAUUUAGGGAAACUUCCGCCGUGUGAUGUAGCGUCUAAAAGAGAGCAUUUUUACAAGUUUUGGAAGUCUCAUAUUAAAAGACCUGUGGUUUUGGUUGGGCCAAGCCUUGGUUCUGCUGUCGCAAUAGACAUUGCGGUCAACCAUCCAGAAGCGGUUGAGUCCUUGGUUUUAAUGGACGCAAGCGUUUACACAGAAGGUACAGGAAACUUGGCAACUUUACCCAAAGCAGCAGCGUAUGCUGGAGUAUAUAUACUGAAGAGUGUUCCAUUGCGGUUAUACGCAAACUUCCUUUCUUUCAAUGGUAUCUCAUUGGAAACUAGCUGGGACUGGACAAAGAUUGGUCGCUUGCAUUGUCUAUAUCCUUGGUGGGAAGAUGCAACGGUUAGUUUUAUGACAAGCGGAGGAUACAAUGUAACUUCUCUUAUAAAAAAGGUUUCACAGAAGACACUGAUAAUUUGGGGAGAAGAUGACCAAAUCAUUAGCAACAAGCUUGCUUGGAGACUACACGGAGAUUUAUCGAAUGCGCGUGUUGAACAAAUAUCAAACUGUGGACAUCUUCCCCAUGUCGAAAAACCAGCUGCUGCGGCCAAACUGAUCACAGAGUUUGUUAAAGAGACUUCCCGGAGUAAAGAGGUUGAAAGUAUAUCUUAG